AUGAUAAAGUUGGUUUUUAGGUUUUAUCGUUCCCCUGAAGUCUUGUUAGGAAUCGCAUAUGAUACCAAGAUUGACAUGUGGUCUUUAGGAUGUAUAUUGGUCGAGAUGCAUACCGGUGAACCAUUAUUUGCUGGUUCGUCUGAAGUUGAUCAAAUGAUGAAAAUUGUUGAAGUUCUUGGAAUGCCUCCAAAGGAACUUUUGGACAUUGGUCCAAAAACCCACAAAUAUUUUGAAAAGACCGAAGGUUGGUCUUCCAGCGUGCUCUUCGACUUGAUCAAGCGAAUGCUAACCUACGAUCCUAAAUUACGUAUAUCGCCAUACUACGCUGUUCGACAUCCAUUCCUUAGACCAAAGACGACAUCUCAGACUGGACAGUCUCCCGCUGCUGUCGACAGUCCGACACACCAGACAGCUCCAAGGGCAGGUCAAGAUGUUUGGGGAAGUCAGAUGGACUGUAGUGAGGACAUCACCCAGUCCACAUUCGCAACGUCCUCAGGAGCAGCACCCUUAGCACAGCCACCACCAGUGAGUCAAAGAAAACCAGCAGUAGAUGAUACACCACAAUUUGGCGGUCAUUAUUCACAUUCCACAGGAGAUGUCUACCGCCAACCUUCAGGUCCACAGCCGCAUCGAAACCCAAGCUUCGAUGAGACCCCUGGCCGACCGUAUAACAAUAAAAUGCAAACGCUUCUAUCCCAAGCGGCAGUACCUACGCAUGUUAACAACACGCAGUAUAAUCCUGUUUUAUACAACUGA